CGAGUCGGACGGGUGCGGAGACAGCUUCUGGAAGGAACGCCACGAUGGCUGCGCAGGGAGAGCCCCAGGUCCAGUUCAAACUUGUAUUGGUUGGUGAUGGUGGUACUGGAAAAACGACCUUCGUGAAACGUCAUUUGAUUGGUGAAUUUGAGAAGUAUGUAGCCACCUUGGGUGUUGAGGUUCAUCCCCUAGUGUUCCACACCAACAGAGGACAUAUUAAAUUCAAUGUAUGGGACACAGGCGGCCAGGAGAAAUUCGGCGGACUGAGUGAUGGCUAUUAUAUCCAAGCCCAGUGUGCCAUCAUAAUGUUUGACGUAACAUCGAGAGUUACUUGCAAGAAUGUGCCUAACUGGCAUAGAGAUCUGGUACGAGUGUGUGAAAAUAUCCCCAUUGUGUUGUGUGGCAACAAAGUGGAUAUUAAGGACAGGAAAGUGAAGGCGAAAUCCAUUGUCUUCCACCGAAAGAAGAAUCUUCAGUACUACGACAUUUUUGCCAAAAGUAACUACAACUUUGUAAAGCCCUUCCUCUGGCUUGCUAGGAAGCUCAUUGGAGACCCUAACUUGGAAUUUGUUGCCAUGCCUGCUCUUGCCCCACCGGAAGUUGUCAUGGACCCAGCUUUGGCAGCACAGUAUGAGCACGACUUAGAGGUUGCUCAGACAACUGCUCUCCCGGAUGAGGAUGAUGACCUGUGAGAAUGGAGCUGGAGCCCAGCGUCAGAAGUCUAGUUUUAUAGGCAGCUGUCCUGUGAUGUCAGCGGUGCAGCGUGUGUGCCACCUCAUUAUUAUCUAGCUAAGCAGAACAUGUGCUUCAUCUGUGGGAUGCUGAAGGAGAUGAGUGGGCUUCGGAGUGAAUGUGGCAGUUUAAAACACACCUUCAUUGUUUGGACCUGCAUAUUUAGCUGUUUUGGAACGCAGUUGAUUCCUUGAGUUUCAAAUAUAAGACUGCUACAGUCACAUCACAAUAUUCAGUGGUGAAAUCUUGUUUGUUACUGUCAUUCCCACCAUUCCUUUUCGUUUAGAAUCAGAAUAAAGUUGUAUUUCAAAUAUCAAAAAA